AAGAAUUGGGAUGAUUUCGUACCACUCUUGUGCUAUUGCGCCUCGAGCAAACAAUACAAAAUGACAAUGCUCAUCAGCGUCCUCGCGUUAACAUUGUUGCGCUAUGCUCUCGCAAAGACAUCGCCAAAUGAGACUGGUCGGUUGCCUGCAAUGGGAUGGAGCUCGUGGAAUGAGUACAGAUGUGACAUCAACGAAGAUGUCUUCUUGACUGUGGGUAGCCAGCUAGUUUCACUCGGCCUCAAGGAUCUAGGAUACGAAAACGUCAACAUUGAUGACUGCUGGAGCAACAAAACACAUCAGCGAGACAACUCGACCGGCAGAAUUCAGCCCGACUACAACAAGUUUCCAGGAGGUAUCAAGCACACCGCGGACAAGAUACACAAUUUAGGACUCAAAAUUGGUAUCUACAGCGACGCUGGCACUUUGACAUGCGGAGGAUAUGCUGGGUCUCUGAAUCAUGAGGUGUUGGAUGCGAAGGCAUUCGCUGAAUGGGGCAUCGACUAUCUCAAGUACGAUAACUGUAACGUACCGAAAGAGUGGCAUGAUGAUUACCGCUGGUUCCCGGAAAAUUGGAAGGGAGGUCAUCCCGCCGAGGAUCAAACAGGCGGCGGUCCAGAAGAGAACAAUGAAUCCAAGCCAGUGCCAGCACCGCCAGGAUACAACUGGACGGAUUCGAAAACAUAUGAGCGUUAUGAGACGAUGAGUAAGGCACUGGACGCCGUCAAUCAUACAAUCCAAUUUUCCCAAUGCGCAUGGGGCCACGCGCGCAUCGACGAGUGGGGGAAUACAACGGGCCACAGUUGGAGAAUGUGGGGAGACAUUUAUCCUUUAUGGACAGGCUCAUUCGAGGGUCAGUGGGGCAUCAUGCCCAUCCUCAACCAUGCGUCUUUCUUUUAUAACAGUACCGACUUCUGGGGUCAUGCCGACUGGGACAUGCUCGAAGUCGGCAACGGCAACCUGACACUGGAAGAGAGCCGAUCACACUUCAGCAUGUGGGCCGCCUUGAAGUCUCCGCUCAUCAUCGGUACGCCUCUCGAUGGUAUCAAGCCUGAGAUACUGGAAAUUCUCAGCAACAAAGAUCUUAUUGCUUUCAAUCAAGACCCGGUUUUUGGAGCUCCAGCUAAACCGUACAAAUGGGGUGUGAAUGCUGACUUCACCUGGAAUCAAACACAUCCAGCGGAAUACUGGAGCGGGGAAUCUUCCAAUGGUAUCCACAUCUUUGCUCUCAACACUCUCGAUACUGCUCAGAACAAGACCAUCGCAUUCUCGGAAGUGCCUGGUCUGGUAGCGAACACCAGUUAUACUGUUCAUGAUUCGUGGACUGGCAAACAGAUGGGAAUUUUUGCAACUGAAUAUACGACGCUUGUUGAACGGCAUGACACGAUGGCAAUAAGAUUGGUGGAAGCUUAA